AUGAAGUACUUACCUGUGCAAGACUUCGAGGCCGUCACCGGCGCUCUGAACUUCAAUACUCCAGACUGUAAUGUCACCGGCGGUUGCGAUUUAUACACGACAAAAUCCACAGGGUCCGACAAGAAGCUGUACAAGAAUAUCGACAAGGAUCUCGACACACAACAUGCUGCUCUGCUCAAGCUAGGUGCCAGCCUGUCCCCUCCCGAGCGCGCACACAUGCUCGCAACAUCACCCAGUGCACAAAUAUUCUCAACAUCAAGUGCUUUUGGCCCGCUAUCCGACAUCAACAGCCGCAAAACCUUUGCGUACAUGAUUGCAACUCUCAAUGCAAGUCACCCCCAUUACGACUUCUCAAAUGUCCUGAGACCCGGCGACUUCAAGCGAGAACGAACCCUUCGUCGCGUAAUGAUCAACUUGGAUUCUAUCCUGCAAAAUGUGCGCCCCAACUUUGAGGCAUCAUCCGUCGACUCGUUGUUAGGGAAUGCUUCCGACGCCGUCUGGGGGCCUCAGUGCUGGUCGCGCAUUGAUAAGGAAAUGCAUCUCAACGAAUGCACAAUCUUCAGUUACCACCCAGAGACGGAUCCCUUUGAAGAAGGUGAAAGCGCCAUCUGGGCAGCUCAUUACUUCUUCUUCAACCGAGCACUCAAGCGCGUGGCCUAUCUGUAUGUCCGGGUCGUACCAGUCGUCUCGUCCGUCUCUCCCAGCUUGAGACCAGUCCGUGUCGGCGGAGCAAGGACAUUUUCAGACCUUAACGACGGCGGGGCCGAGAAGCGUGCCAGUUACUGGCUCGGUGAUCGCGAUGCGCAAGUCCUCCUCUCACAAGAAGAAGACAUGGACGCCUUGGAUGACGGCAUGUACUGGAACCGCGGAGAAGAUGGUGACAUUGUGUCGUUUUCAGAUGAAGAGUUUGUUGAUGAUGACGAGGACGAUGAUAUGGAAGAGGAUGAUUUUGAUCAUGACGACAUGCUCGAUACACCGAGAGAUAGAUUUAUGAGUGAGGAUAUCGCUGGCCAGAUGGAGAUUUAG